AUGCCGAGUGGCCUCGUUUGCCCGCCGAGCGGGGCUUCGGCUCGAUUUAAGCCUCGCCGACGAGGAGCCUUCGGUGCUCCCGCCGGCGGGGGCCUGGCCAUCCCCGCACGAGGCCAGCGGGUGCCAAGGGUGGGGUGGGCGGCUCGGUGCCGGGGGGCUGUGUGUGCAUGGCACGGGGGGGCUCCGCCGCUCGCUCGCCUUCUCGCCGUUUGGAUUAACAUGCGGAAGAUGCGCCUGUCACUUUGCUUACUGUCAGCUCCGGCUCGGGGAUGGGUGACGGCUUUGUUCGGCGCAGCCGGGGGAGCCGUGCCAACUCGGACUUGGCAGGCGAAGCCGGGUGGGCAGGGAGAGGGGGACGAGGAGCGGGAACGGCUGCUGGGGCGGCUGCGGAGGGACGUGGCCGCAGGCCCGCUUCUGAGCACGGCGGCUUUCUGUUGGCGUGCGCCUCCCUCUCCCUCCCUCUCUCCCGCGCUCGCCUGCGCCCAGGCUGGUGCAGACAAAAUGAAAACGUGUUUUGUUUUGGUUUUUUGGCAUCUCCCCAGCAGCGCUACCAACCCCAGCUGCCCCCCCUCCGCUCCCUUCCCCAACCCGCCGCGACUCCCUUUUACAAUCGGCACGACCCAGGUGCUCGGGCAGCAACAGAAUAAGGCCAAAAAUACCCCUUGGCACCCAAACCGCCCCCAAUCUGCCACCCUCGGCAGCAACUGCUCCCAUCCGGCCUCCAUGGCGGGUGGGUUGUUGUUUGUAUGUGUAUAUAUAUAUUUUGUCCCCUUUUUUUUCUGCCCCCAUCGGGUCCCUCUCGCGUUGGGUGUGUGUGUUCCUAUUCAAGCGCCCGCCACCUCCUGUCGUGCGAAAACCAGGAAGGAGGGAGCCAAGGGCUCAUUUGUGCCUGGACGCCCGGGCGGCGAGCGAGGGAGACAACGAUGGAGGACAAGAGGAGGGAGGAGAGGGAUGGGAAGGCGGGAAAAGGAGCAUGGGGAGGGCGGAAAAAACCCAAUCCACCUCCCCAGGCCUUUUGUUUAACCUGCGUCGAUGCAAAGAGGGGUCUUGGGGUUUUUUUCCUCCCCUAGUCCUUUUUUUUCGCCCUGUGCUUGAGCCUCAUGGGGCGUUUUCGAGCCUGACGGGGCAACUUUCCGGAGCGGGCGGUGUCGGAGGUUGGUUUUUGGGAGGCGGCGGGCUCGUCCCGCGGGCGCGCGGCUCCGAGUGCAGGAAUUCCUGCCAGCUCGCCUUUGUGCCAGCCUCCCUUGGCCUUGGGUGUCUCGUUCGGAUGGAGCCUGGCAUCCAGGCACCGCCCAUUUCUUGGCAUUGAGCUGCGAGGAGAAGGAAAGGGGAGAGAGCGAGCGAGAGAAGGGAAAAAAAAAAGCUGUCUCACUCAAACUGGCCUUUCUCGGAAAAGGAUCCUUCCCCGAUGAUUGUCCGGAUAAGCGGAGCUAAAUCCAGCCACUACUCAACAACAAAACCACUCUCUUCCACGGUGCGUCUCUCUUGCUGCCUUGUGAUUCUGCAUUUCCUUCAGUAGCCUGGAUGUCUUGGCGUUAGUAGCCACGUUGCUUUGUUUGUGGACACUCCGAGGAGCAGGUCCCUGCCCUGUGGCAGGGCGGGGAUCAGGCUCUGAUAAGGUGUUGGAAUGAUCGUCCUGCCCUUCCUUGAGUGGCUUUCCAGACACGUGGAGAGAAGCAGGCACUUCAGAGCGGAGCUGGGAAGGAGAGCAGGAAGAGGUGAAAUGGCUUUCCUUGCACAGAAAGGACCUUUGGAGCAGCCAGUGCCUGGAUAAGGAAUCAUCCCAGUGCCUGGAUAAGGAAUCAUCCCAGUGCCUUGAUAAGGAUCAUCCCAGUGCCUGGAUAAGGCUCAUCCCAGUUCCUGGAUAAAGAUCAUCCCAGUUCCUGGAUAAGGAAUCAUCCCAGUUCCUGGAUAAGGCUCAUCCCAGUUCUGGAUAAGGAUCAUCCCAGUUUCUGGAUAAGGCUCAUCCCAGUUCUGGAUAAGGCUCAUCCCAGUUCUGGAUAAGGAUCAUCCCAGUGCCUUAGGCUGCCACGGACCCAAGCUGUCCUUGAGGCUGAGGUAGUAGAUUGAAUAGUUGUGGAGUCUGGUCCUCCCUCUGAGCUAACUAUACAAUCUACUGUCUUUCCUAAGGAGACAGUCAGAUCUUCAGGUCUGCUCAUCCACUUCUACACCAGCCUGGGGGCAGGUGGUGCAAGCAAAGCAAAGCAAAUCCCUGCCCGUGAUGCGUCUGUUCUGCUCUGUGGAGGUGAGGUAGUAGGUUGUAUAGUUUGGUGGGAGGGAUUUGAUCCCAUUUCAGGUGAUAACUAUACAGUCUAUUGCCUUCCUUAAAGAGCAGCAAAACCACCGGAGGAGCUCCUGAGGCACGGCUUCUUUUGUUGAGGAUCCAAAAACGCAGCGUGGCAUUGUUAAACAGCUCAGUGGGUGUUUCUCUUACAGCAUCCAGACCUGCAUUCUUCCAGGAAUUGCUUCAUGCCUCAGGCACUGGAGCAUGGAGCCACCUGCUUCCAGGGAGCUCAAUUCUCUUUGAGGUGUGAGAGAACCAAGGAAAUGAGUUUGCACAGCAGCUCCUAGUGUUCAAUUCUAUUCCUUUUUGCAGGAGGUGGGCUCAAGUUGCAAAGUGCUCAAGUAUAUUGAUCUUUUCUGGUCUGUCCUCCGGUCUGGAGGGGAGCAGAUUCUUUGGUACAAAUGGGACAGAUCUGACCUCAUGAUUUAAUUUUGUUGUGCCCAUUUCUGAAGUUUGGGUUCAGAACCAGACCCAAGGGCAAGCUUAGCCUGUGGACUGAGAGCCCUGGGAGCUGGUCAGAUUUGGCUGGUUGGCCCGUGCUCAGGAGGUGCAUUUUGUUUUGGACAAGUUCCCAGCCUGUCCCAUGGAACAGAGUUAGAGGGUGGUUCUUUCUGAUCUGAUAAUUGUUUAUCAACUGAACUCACUCACAUGCAAACCCUGUGAGGGAAGUUUAGGGCUCGUGGGUAUUUACAUAAGAUGAGCCAAUGAUUCAGACUAAAAUCUUGUCCUGAAGUGGAGACAGGUAGAGAAGAGACAUGAGCCAAAGGGAGCAGAUUCUAAUCCUUGUGGGUUCUCCCAGCUCUGUCACCUGACAGCAGACAUGUGAGAAGUCGUCAUGCUUCAGAGCUCUGGCCCUUGGCAAGGGACAGGGAAUUGUUAAUUCUUCUCUUUCUUAGGAGCAGAUGGGACUAUCCCUCUGCCGUUUUCCAGAGUAAGUAGGAUCAAGACCAGGAGUGGAGCUGUAACACGAUCAGGGCUGCGUCGGGAAGGACAUUUCAGGCCAUUAUCACAACAUCUUACUGCCAGGGAGACGCGAGAUCCGAGACACCGGGGAGCGAGGGCAAGCAGAGGACACCUUCUCAGAUGAAGUGGGAGGGAGAGAGCAGAGAGAAAUUGGAGCCCUCAAAUUUCACCCUGAGCAAAAGCACAGGGAGAGCCAGCUCUGGCUGCCGGGGCCGUGGGAGUCCCCAGAAUGAACAGCUCGUUUCAGCCCCUCUGCUGGGACAGGGCGUAGCUGCAGCGGGGCUGGGACGCAGCUGCUGGGUGGGGAUGCUGCAGUUCCAAGCAGCGAAGGAAUGCAGCCCUCUCUCCAUAAAUCUGGAUUUUCAGCAGUCCUGGCGACUUGCUGUGCAAAGCUCAGCUUGGUCCUCUGAGCUGCAUUAUUAUCCUCCAGCUGCUUGCUCAGGGGCAGGGCUCCUGCCCACAGAUUGCUUGGAAGGUACCAAAAUAGCACCACAAGCAUGGGAACAGCAGCAUAUCCACUUCAUCUGGAGAGGUGUCCCCUGGAAAAGAGCUGAUCCCACAUGUCCCAGAUGGAAUCUGUUCAGUCCCCCUCCAUAGCAUUGAUACUAAUGCAGAGAAUUUCAAACAGUGGAGCUGUGUGAGCUGGAAGCCAUGAAUAAAAUAUUACUGGAGAUAUUCUCUUGUGAAAAUAAACUUGGUUUGACUUUUUUAAAA